GAUAGGAGGCAUGGGGUUUUGGACAGUAGUACAUGACAGCUCAUCAUGGAUCAUAAUUUUUUUAACUCCUAGAUUAAAUAUCUUAAAGGGAGGUGAAUAAUGGGGAUGGGGGGUGGAGAAUGGCAGAUGGGGAAUAGUGACAUAAAGCAAAACAGAAAAAAUGGCGAAGGUUUUCUCCCAUUGUGGACUUCCUAAUUUUUUGGUACAUUUUCUUUUUUCAUUUUAGUAGAUUGGUCUGCUUCUAACGAGAACUCCCAGCAAUACCAGUAGCAGCUUACACAAUGGCCGCAGGAGUAGCAGCAUGGUUGCCUUUUGCUCGAGCUGCUGCUAUAGGAUGGAUGCCAGUGGCUACAAAUCCCAUGCCGAAUGCUCCCCGGCAGGAGAGGAAACGAAGCCAGGACUCUCUAAUUGUGCUGAACGUGAGUGGCACCCAGUUCCAGACCUGGUUAGACACCCUGGAACGCUAUCCUGACACGCUGCUGGGCAGCUCAGAGCGGGAUUUCUUCUACCACCCAGAGACACAGCAAUACUUUUUUGACCGGGACCCUGACAUCUUCCGACAUAUCCUUAACUUCUAUCGCACUGGGAAGUUACACUACCCCCGUCAAGAAUGCAUCUCAGCCUAUGAUGAGGAGCUGGCCUUCUUUGGUAUAAUCCCUGAAAUCAUUGGUGAUUGCUGCUAUGAGGAAUACAAGGAUCGACGGAGGGAGAAUGCUGAGCGUCUUCAGGAUGAUGCUGAUCAGGAUAAAGCUGAUGAAAGCAAUUUGCCUUCCAUGACAGCUCGGGAGAGGAUGUGGCGGGCUUUUGAGAACCCACAUACCAGCACGUUGGCCCUGGUCUUCUACUACGUUACGGGCUUCUUCAUUGCUGUUUCCGUCAUUGCCAAUGUGGUGGAGACAGUGCCCUGUGGGAUAAGUCCUGGUGCCAUCAAGGAGCUGUCCUGUGGAGAGCGUUAUGAUGUGGCUUUCUUCUGUCUGGAUACGGCCUGUGUCAUGAUCUUCACAGUUGAGUAUCUGUUGCGUCUGGUGGCUGCCCCAAGCCGUUACAAGUUUGUUCGUAGUGUUAUGAGCAUCAUUGAUGUUGUGGCCAUUAUGCCCUAUUACAUUGGUCUUGUGAUGACCAACAAUGAGGAUGUCAGUGGGGCCUUUGUAACACUACGUGUAUUCCGGGUCUUCCGGAUCUUUAAGUUUUCCCGCCACUCACAGGGUUUGCGCAUCCUGGGCUACACUCUGAAAAGUUGUGCAUCAGAGCUUGGCUUUCUCCUCUUUUCUCUCACUAUGGCCAUCAUAAUCUUUGCUACAGUGAUGUUCUAUGCUGAGAAAGGCUCAUCAGCCAGCAAAUUCACCAGCAUUCCUGCCUCCUUCUGGUAUACCAUUGUCACUAUGACCACCUUGGGGUAUGGUGACAUGGUGCCGAAGACAAUAGCUGGGAAGAUCUUUGGUUCAAUAUGUUCCCUGAGUGGGGUUUUAGUCAUUGCCCUUCCAGUUCCUGUCAUUGUCUCCAACUUCAGUCGCAUCUACCACCAGAAUCAGCGAGCAGAUAAGCGCAAGGCACAAAAGAAAGCCAGGCUUGCUAGAAUCCGUGCAGCAAAGAGUGGGAGUGCCAACGCUUAUAUGCAGAGCAAAAGAAAUGGCUUACUCAGUAACCAGCUGCAGUUAUCUGGUGAAGAACAAGAGGCCUUUGUUAGCAAAGCUGGUUCGUCCUUUGCAAUCCAGCACCACCAUCUGCUUCACUGUCUGGAAAAAACCACGAACCAUGAAUUUGUGGAUGAACAAACAUAUGAAGAAAGCUGCAUGGAGGUUUCUACUGUCAACAGACAUUCCAGCCACAGCCCUUCUCUCUCUUCCCAACAAGGAGUUACAAGCACGUGCUGUUCGCGGCGACAUAAAAAGACAUUUCGCAUCCCAAACACCAACCUAACUGGCAGCCGCCCAAGCAGUGUCCAAGAACUCAGUACCAUUCAGAUCAGAUGCAUGGAGAGAACACCUUUGUCUAACAGCCGAUCCAGUUUAAAUGCCAAAAUGGAAGAGUGCGUUAAACUAAACUGUGAGCAGCCUUAUGUAACCACAGCAAUAAUCAGCAUUCCAACACCACCUGUGACCACACCAGAAGGAGAUGAUAGACCAGAAUCUCCAGAGUAUUCAGGAGGAAACAUUGUCAGAGUAUCUGCUUUAUAAAACAGUUAGAAUAAAGACCACUUAGAAGCUGAACUGCAGCAAAGAAAAUACAGUUCUGAGGGAAGAGGGACACAAUAGCCCUUUGUUGAGUGGAACAGCAACAGAUGAUGGAAGCAUUCUGGAGAUACAAAACAUGGUGGGUUUUCGUUACUGAAUUGUGUGCAGUGGCAACCAAAUGGAAUUUCUACACGUCACUUGAACUUUUCUGGAGCAAACUCUUCUGUGACUCUUUUGAUUUAUUCUAUGAGCACAAUGAAAUGUCCCCCAUUGAUGCUUCUUCUUACCAUGAAAAAUCUUUUUAAUAAAAUACCUUAAAAAAAUUUUUUCAGACCGUUUAUGUUGUAACCGAAUGCAAAAUCAAGGAUGGAAACAAUGUUUUGAUAAUGUGUUCUCUUUUUUCUUGUUAAUAAACCAUGAACCUGUUGACAAACUGACAAAAAGAAUGAAAGAGAGAGAGAAAUGGCUCAUAAAAUAUUUGUACUGACUGAAAGAAACACAACCAUAAUGCAUGUGAAAAUUCUUUGGAGCUGUGAUCUGAGUUUAUUUCUGUUGUUUUUUCAGGUUAGGCAUGAUAACAUUUUACUGUAGAAAAGGGGCAUUUCUGUGCACUUACAAAAAAGCUGAUUGUUAACGUCCCAUGGUAGUUGUACAAAUAACUUCCUUUUGCAGGGAGAAAUGAAGUAUUUCUUACUCAAAAACACUCAUUAGUGAAACUGAGAUGUUCAGUUAGUUCAAUAUUUCUCAUUGUUCUUGCUUCCUUGGUACUGUUACAACUGCAAUAAUUCAAUGUACAUCUGUUGUAUCAGGGAUCAGGCUUUUAUUUAUAUAACUGCACAAACUCAACUACGCAGAUAAAACAAUACAUGGGUAGACAGUACAAUAUUUUAUGUAAUUUUGCAGGGAAAGUUUUAGAUAAUUUCAUAACCAAAACUGUUGUACCACAAAUGUAGGUUUUGGAACUUUUAAAAAAUCAUGUUUAUUUUAAUUUUCAUUACCCUGUAAUUCCUUAAUGCCAAUCAUUGCCUUUUGUUACAUUUCAUUCCUUUGAAUGUCAAGGGGCUUCAUAAAUUAGCAAAGGAAGCCUGUUUUAUGAACACCUCUUUUUUUUUCCUGAACAAAAUGAACAGUCUUCCUAGUGUAGUGUUAUAAUGUAAUUGUCAUCUGAGGUAACAAUAACAGGGUUUGGUGAUUUGUUUAUCUCUGAAACCUCACUGCUAUUGUGUACUAAUAUUGGACAAGCUGAGUACUAGGAGACAUUCAAUUAAUAUUUGCAAAGGAUUACUAAAAUGUUGUUGUUUGUCAAAUUUGUAUUGUAGAACACAUAGAUAUCUGAACAAAGACUACUGCUGAAAUGGAAGAUUUGGAUCCAAUGGUGCAAAACAAUAGCUGACAUCAACAGCUGUGCCAGUGUAGGAUCAAUACACAAACGUUACAGUUUAAAUUUGUCUUUUUGUUUCUUUGUCUAAAGGAUUUUUAAAAUGGUGUUUCCAGAAGAGUAACUUCAUUCAAUAGUUGCUAAUCUGUUUAGGAAUGUGGUGGUUUCCCAUCAUUUCAAGUUGUUGAGCAAAAUUGGUAUUUCUAAGUAAAAACAUGCAACUUUGAAGUACUUCUGAAUAAACUGGUAGAUGGAUUUGUAUAGCAUCUCUAAUUUUGAGGGCCCUAUUUUGAUAGUGUAUUAUCAGAUGUAUCCUCAUCUGAUCAUUGAAUCCACUAAUGUAUGGAAGUAAGAAUGUCCUUAAGUGGUUUCUGGUCUCAAAUUAUGUUAUAUUAAAAACCAUAUUGGAUGUUGGUAAUCAGAUUCCAUGCUCAUCUGUUCUCAACCCAACUGUCUAGUGGUUUAGCCACAUCUGUUGCUGUAGUUUAAUGUGACCAGCAUCACAUCCAAACACAUUUCACUUUCUCAUACCACUGGAUCGUAUUCUCAUUUAUAGUUAAAUGGAUGGAAGACCGAACAAGCAAAAAACUCAUCCCAGUCCUCUAGCUGAUUGGCCCAGGUGUCAUUGCACAAGCAUAGCCAUGAGAUCCUUUGGAGAAGUGCUGCUGGGCAGGGAAAGGAGGAAAACUACACUUCACCCACACUUCUCUCCUACACUUCAGUCCCAGGCAAGAACUUGCAUGAGUGAUACAAGAAGUUACUUAGCGCUUCCAGAUGUAGCAAAUGUCCUGUCUUCUUUUGAGCUCUCUUCAUUGGAACAAGAUCAUAGUGGUAAUGUGUUGGCAUAAUUCAAGAGCAGAGGAUCACAGGGGCUGUGCUGGGGCAAAAAGGAAGCAUUCACUGGUGCAACCUUUCUUUCUUUUUCUUUUUCUUUUCUGAGGAGUAUGGCUCUUUUUGAGUCUAUUUCUUGACAACCUCUCUCUAAAAAUAGAGAACCUUCAGGGAUUCAGUCCAAUACCUUUCUCCAACCCACCAUUUUUUCACCUAUACCACUGGGGUAGGCAACCUCAUGUUCCCCCUAUGAGAUCUUCAUCUAAAACUAGUUUAAUAACUGGUAAUCUCUUAUGUGAUGCUGCAGCAGAUACUGAACUACUAUGAGAGCCUGGCAAUUUUAGUAACCUUAGGAAACAUUGUACCUCAACCUUAAUUCUAAAUGAGUAUGACCUUAUUAAAGAAGAGAGCUAUAUUGUGAUAGAUACACAUUAUUUUAAUAAUAAUCAUUUGCAUUGGAAAACCCAUUCACUACUGCAAACUGUAAAGGUUUUGUUAUAUUUGUGAAUGAAAUCUGGACUGAAUUUGUAUGAACUUGCAAACCCAGAAUUUUCUGUUCUCCUCUAACUCUGACUCCACUGAAGGUAUAGCUUCUUUUCAUUCUUAUGUCAUAGCAAAAUAAUUCCGUUCUGAAAAACCAGUUGAUGUGACCCUUUGCUCCUGCUGAGCUCUGUGCUGACUUUGCAUAUGGUGCACUAGGUGCAUGGCUAAGUGGACCUUGGCAUGCUUCACUAUGUGCUGGCUGUGCACAUUAAUCUAAUCAAGCAGAGAACGGUGACACGAGGAUUACCAUCUGAACUCACAAUUAACUUUGAAAAUAAUUGGCUUUGUUUGUCCUUUGUGCUGAAACCAUGUCUGGAUUUAAGACUGCCCUAAUAUUAACAAUUUGCAACAGCUUCUUGUUUAUUUGAAGUCACAUUGAACUUCUUAAUCAAACAUUUGGAUGUUCUUUUGCUAACAGAAGGUAGCAGUUAUAGAAAGCUGCUGGAGAUGAAGGUCCUGAUCCCGGAUGUAAUCUGCAUGCAGAAACCAGGUUUUUACACACAGGUCUGCUACAUUAGUGGCUUACCAACCAUGGCUGUGCAAGAGAAAGAAGAACAGAUCCAACAAUGUAGUGCUGCAUGUGAAACUCCAUGCCUUUCCCCAUGCAGGCCCCUUUGCACCCCAAACCUGUGCACUAUGCAGUGAUGGCCAACAAAUGUUGUAGCAUUCCCACUACCUCCUUUUUCCAUCCUGUGGUUCUUCUGGUCAGGACCAACUCUGUUCUAAGCAGUAUUACAGGCCACAUAACUGAAUGCUGUUCCAUUUCAUAUAGAUAUGAAAGCAAAGCACAGCUAUGCUCACCUAACAGGUGGCAUUCCAGCCGUGUGACCUUCAUUUAAUUCCUUGCCCUUGGAUUUGGUAAGAUUUUGCAUAAUGCUAGUCCACCCAUCUAUCAUGCAAAAAUAUUAUGAUUUUUUUUCCUCUGAAAUUCAGAAGCUGAAAAAAUAUUUUAGUGUUUUAGGUGAUUUAAAUGCUGUUUUUCAGUAGUGAAUGACUUGGCGACUGUGUAAAAUGCAUCUGUACUGUAAAUGAAAUGUAAUUAUUUCUGUGUAUCACACAAAGAAACCAAGGUUGUUUUUUGGACCAAUUUUUGUUUUGAAAUUCAUAUUGUACUUCAGAAGGGCAGCAUAGCAAGAUGUGUUAUGCUGAAUAAAUCAGACAUCUGAGGAAUAUUUAAAUAAAACAUCUGCAUGCUUGAAUGGGA